AAAACGAAUUUCGGAUCUGAAAGGAGGAAAAUCUCUAAAAUAUCCGGCUGAGAUAAGUUUAAUUGAAAAGAAAAAAGAAAUUGUACGGCAUAUGUUGAGAAACGUUUGUUUGUGCUUGAUAUUUUGCAGGGUGAGGGGGCAUGUUGAUGUGCCGGCGGUUGCUGCUGAUCGCAGCCGCGAUCACGGCCUCGAUCGAGGCUGGCUCCGCUAGUUACCACCCCGGGAUCUCCUCAGAUUAUUCUGGAUACCCUGGCUUCCCGGUCUAUCCAGCUCUGACGUCGUCCGAGGCUUCGUCGAGUGUGACUACCACGCCGACAACGAGUCUCGAAAAUGUUUGCAGGCCAUCCGAGUACCGAUGUGGCACCGGGAACUGCGUCGCCCAGGACAAAUACUGCGACGGCGAAAAUGACUGCGGCGACAACUCCGACGAGCCGAAAUAUUGCACCCCGUGCAACAGAACGUUGUACGGCGACGUCGGCCGGACCUACAGGGUGGAAGUCCGCCGGCCGAGGGAAGAUCGACUGCCAUUCCUGUGCCAUCUCAACUUCACUGCCGCCGGGUCCGAUCUCGGAGACUUAGUUCAGUUAACGUUCGACACAUUCACUGUGGGUCGAUUUUCAUCGUACACGUCGGAAGGAUGCCCGGACGGUUACAUGACCAUUCAGGAGAAAGGUCGCCCAGCGACCGGAGGUCAAUGGUGCGGAAGCGCAUGGGGCUACACCGUGUAUUACAGCGAGACUCCUUCCAUCAACUUGACUUUGUAUUUGCUUCGGCUAGCCGAACAGGGUAGCGGCUACAAUUUCGACUUCAAGCUGUCGUACAAGUUCCUUAGACGGAGCGAGGCGCACCUCAGAUACGGGAACAGUAGCAUGUCCACGUGGCGAGGGGAGCUAGUGAACGGGACGUACUGCGACCGUGUGCUCACGAAGUGCGACACGCGAGCCUGCCGACUUCAAUCGCCGAAUUACCCGGGCGUUUAUCCCCGGAACGUCACUUGUUAUUACCGCGUCGAGCAAAAUCGGGCGCCGCCGGGCCAUCGGGCGUUGCUCGCCGUGAGUCAACGAAACAGUCACAAAAUACACAUCAAAGAUCAGAUCGUCAAGUACGACGGCAGCCAAAGGAUAUUAAGGUAUUUCGUCACACGUUUUAAUCAACCACUUCUGAAUCUGAAAUUCAAAGUGUUCAAAAUUCAAAAUGAGAAUCAGAAAUUCAAAAUAAUCCAAAGCUGCAACACUUACGGAUUAUCCUCUACUAAAUUACGUUUGAACAGAGUUGAAACCUUAAAAGUUUUGAACGUUCGAUUGAUUGCCCUGUGUCUCGAAUUGCUAGGUUAUGUAACAAGUUUGAUAAAACUAACGCGUGUUACAGAGUUGAUUGUUCUUUACUUAAUGGAUCAAGUAACUUCAAAACUCGUUGUAUACAAUAUUUCUAUAAUUCCACGUGUUUUAAUCAUCAACUUUGAAUCUGAAAUUCAAGAUGCUGCAACACCUUUGGAUUAUUUUCUACUAAUAUAUUUCGAACGUCAAGUGUUUGAACGUUCGAUUGAUCGAACUUUGUCACGAAUUGCUAGGUUAUGUAACAAAGUCUGGGAUCAAUGCAACGUGGUGCAAGAUUACUUGACAGUGUACGACGGCGGUUCAACCUCCGACAAGGUGUUGGUUAGACUUUGUGGAGGUGACGCGGUGCCAGACAUAGUUAGCAGUCAUAACACGAUGCUUUUGGAGUUUCACACGUCUCCGUACGACAAUCCCUUUCAUCCAGUUCCUUUGUCGUUCUUGCCCGGCUUCGAGCUCGAGGUUCAGGUGCUGUUCGUGGACGAGAAAUCCCGGAGUUUCGUCAAGGAGAACAACAACUGCGACUUUUAUAUAUCCAGCGACGAGAGCUCGUCCGGCGUCCUGGAGAAUCCGAAACACUCGCUGCCGCCGAACACGACUUGCCGCUACCAUUUCCAGGGGAAACCGAACGAGAUCGUUUGGCUGUCGUUCGUCAAGUACUACGCUGCCAGUGCCGACGCCGCGGCGAGCAUCGACGUCGCCUCCGACUGCAACGCCAAGCUCCUCAUCUGGGAUGGUGAUCGCGCGCUAGAUAAAUUAAUUCUUACGCGUAAGAAUAUCACUCUGCUGGGGCAGUUCUGCAAGGACGACACGCCGCGUCUCUGCGACCAUAGUCUGCUGCGGAACGGGAGUCGCCACGCGAGGCCGUGCAGCCUCGCGGAGAGCUACGUCUCCACCGGCAGGGAUCUCACCCUGGAGCACAUACUGCGUCAAGGAAGUGCACUUUAUCCGAUAAGCUUUGUACUGCGUUACGAGUUCGUGCACGAGGCGGCUUCCUGUAACCACGUGUUCGGCUUUGCAUCGGCUUCAUCCACGUCUUCCACUUCAUCCUCUUCGUCCUCUUCGUCGUCGUCGUCGUCGUCGUCAUCAUCAUCAUCAUCAUCAUCAUCGUCGUCAUCGUCAUCAUCGUCGUCAUCGUCAUCGUCAUCGUUAUCUUCAUCAUCAUCGUCGUCGUCGUCGUCGUCGGCGUCAUCGUCAUCAUCCUCUUCUUCCUCUUCCUCCUCCUCGUCUUUACUGCCAUCGCCUGCCAAAGCAGGGAAAUUCGCGUCGCCGAGAAGUGUAUUCUUUUACGGUCGUGGUGGUGCGCAGAACGUUAGCUGUGUGUAUCGUUUCGAGGCCGAGCCGGACCACAGGAUAGAACUGUCCAUAAGCAAGGCCUCGUUCGGAGAUAAGGGAUGUUCCUCGUACGUAGACCCGCUGGUCAAUCGGUGGACUUGCGAUCGACGAAUCGGCGACUCUACGAAAUUCGGCACGGCGGAGUUGGUCGUCGCCGAGUAUCCAUGGCAGGGAGUGGAAUUGGUCCGCGAUUGCCUGUGUUCGAACGUGAGCGACCGGAUCGUGCUGAGAACCCUGACGUCGAACGUGAUCGAGGUUCGGUUCACGGUGACGUUGAUGAACGUCACGCAGGACUACAGGGACUUCUACUUCGAGGGGGAGUACCGUUUCGUCGCUCUGGGGGCGGAGACCAGCGAGCAGGGAUGCUCGACGAAGCUCGAGGAGCGACGAUUGCGCGGGACCAGCGGCGAAAUUUCCCUGAGAAGUCCUCUGCCGCGGGUGAUACCCGGCGUCGCCGCCGUAGAGGAGAUCCUGACCAAUACGGAGGAUCUGACUGCGACGCAGUGCGUGAACGAACCGUGGCUGAUAGAGCCGGAGGACGCGCGCAUCAAUUAUUUGUACUUAAGAACGGCUGGAUACAGCAUCACGUUGGACAACGUCGAGGAAUGCACGACGCUGAACAGAAUCGUCGUCUAUUCGGCGGCGAACACGAAGGAUCGUAGCGUGAUAUGCCCGGAGGGUGGCGUCGACACUGCCAGAACCGUGGACUUUUUCUCCGGUGGUUGGAACUACAGUGCCAUUAACACUACCGUGGCCAUGAUGCAGCAUUCAAGGAGCUUCGUCGUCGAGUUCCUCCAGAGGGAGCCUGGAUUUUACGCGGUCACGUGGAUGGCCAUUUCGAAAAGGUCUCCGAGUUCCAGUAUCGGGCCCAAUAUCUUUACUAUACUGCCGCACGAGGACUGCCCUUAUCGAUGCCCCGAGAUUCAAGCGUGCAUCAGUUCUGUCUUAUGGUGCGACGGUAUCCGCCACUGCCCCUCCGGCUUCGACGAGGAGGAGACCAACUGCUCGUACCGUUUCGGCGUGACGUUGCUCUACGUGGCCGUAGGCGCCGGCGCUCUAGGUAUAUUCCUGAUUCUGUUGCUCGCCACCGGUUGCCUCAAGUACUGCCUCUACCGGCACAAGGCUCGCAAGAAGAAAAAGAACGUCGUCCUCAACGUUAAUCACCUCCACGUGAAUCACACGCACCACAACAACGGCCUCACCGGCAGUCGCUUGAGCGGCCGCUACAAUCUCGCCACGCCGCAAGAGAUGUAUCUGGAGAACUACGGGAAGGACAGUAUUUGUUGACAAUACGCCAUUGCCAAUAUCGAGACCACCGUGUGAAUACCGCAGGAUUU